AUGAACUUUAUUGACAGUUUGACACUAUUAUUUCUGACGCUGUCGGCUGUCAAGAGUGCCCAAUUACCGAGGGAAACGCAAAGAGGUCCACAUGACGUGAUCCCUUUAAUGGAGGUGUACAACAAGAGCUAUUGUAAGCCUCGGGAGAUAGUGGUGGAGAUCCUGCAGGAGUAUCCAGAAGAAGUGGAGCACAUAUUCUUCCCGUCGUGCGUGGUGUUGACGCGCUGCGCCGGCUGCUGCACCGACGAGAGGCUCCAGUGUACGCCUACGUCCAGCCACAACGUGACAUUGGAGAUUAAAAGAAUAGCAACUUUAAGGCAACAGAAUGAUAUCUACAUGAGUUUCACAGAACACAGCGCAUGCGAGUGUAGGUUAAAGAAAGAAGUGAAAGAGCUGCAAGAAAAACAAUCCCGGCGAGGCCCAUCUAAUGGCCAAAAACGAAAGCGAAAGAAAAACCCAGACAUAACAAUUGGCGACGUUAUUUGCAAGCCGUGCUCAGAGAGGAGAAAGCAUUUGUUCUUGCAGGAUCCGCAAACCUGCCGCUGCUCCUGCAAACACACCGACGAGUUCUGUAAAGAUCGCCAACUUGAGCUCAACGAGAGGACCUGCAGAUGUGACAAGCCCAGAAGAUGA